UCCAAUCGUCUCGCGACAUUACUCGAAUUUUCGAUUGAUAGCACUUUUCUUCCGCAGUUGUUUGUGUGUGUUAGAACCCUUGGUGUAUUAUACAGAAAAAGAGCUAUCUUAUAGCAAUGGCUGAAAAAAUCCAAGAGUUAAACGCAGACAUUGAAGAGUUGCGGUCUCUGCUCAAAGUGGCUACGCGUCAGAAAGUGAAGGACGUGCUCGGAAUCGAGAUUCGGAGGCUGGAAACGAGUCUUAUUUUUCUAAAGGCGGCCGAGGAAAGCAAGCCAAAUGACCCGUCUGGCAAAACGAAACCUGAAAGUAAACCACGACCAAACAAUACCGCGCCUAUCUACAAGAUUAGAAACUAUGCUUGGGACCAAUCGGAUAAGUUUGUCAAAUUCUAUGUUGCCUUGCCCCAGGUUCAUGAGCUGGACCCCAGCUGCGUCACCCUCACAACAAGUUCAACAAGUUUUUGUCUGGAAGCGCGGUUCCCUGACAAGGUUCAAAUGUUUGGUUUUGAAAACCUGCUUAGUGAGAUAUCAACCGAAAGGUCACAUCAUAAAGUAAAGACCGAUCAGGUUGUUAUCUUUCUUAAGAAAGUGCAGGAGGGCAAAAAAUGGGCUUACGUAACGGCCACAGAGAAGCAGCUCAAGGAAGCUCGCGAAGCAGAAAAAAUGAAAGAUUUUAGUAAGGAUAAGAAUGAAGACGAUCCUUCCGCUGGAUUGAUGAACCUCAUGAAAAGGAUGUACCAGGAAGGGGACGAUGAUAUGAAACGGACGCUUGCGGAAGCCUGGACAAAGGCGCAGGAUAAAAAAAAUUCAAUGGAUAUGUCUGGUGAUCUGUAAUAUGUUAAGACAAUAGUGAAAUGAUAAAAUAUAGAUCAACGAUGUAUUGGCGUUUGCUCUCACAGAGCAGCACGCGGCAUGUGAGGCAGUAGAAAGAAAGGAAUAUGGAACAUCAUUCAUUGUACGUUUCAUGCUUUUGCUUGUUCUUGCUACAGUACUUGUCUUUCUUUCAAUCAACAUCAACAAUCAUUCUUUAGUUUUAAAAAGCUGUUAGUGUGUCACGAUCGGGCUGGUAUACGCUUGUCAUUCACUACAUUAUUUUAAAUCUAUUAAAGUAGCCAUGAGGCUAUGGGAAGAACCACCUUUCAUUAACUGCCUAUAUAUACGUCCCAUUAUAAAUAUAACGUAAAUUAAUAAAUGCUUAAUAUCUAGUUCA